AAAACAAAAAAACAAAAAAACAAAAAAACCCCACAGCAACCUUUAUACUGGUGUUUGACCAAAUACCUGCUCCCAUGGCCAAAUUGACAUACAAAAUUAACCCUUAUGACACUCACCUUCUAUUUUCAGUGAGUGCACCAAAAUUAGUCACAUGGCCCCACCCAACACAAGUACCCAGGAAGUACAAUCCACUAUGUGCAAUUGGGGGUGGGGACCAACAGUAUUUGACUAAACAUCAAUAACUGGCACAACUAUAAAUUAUUUUAUCUGAGGAUGAAAGAAAGUAUGAAUCUGUGGUAUUUUCAUGUUAAUGCAUUCUACUAACACAAUGCAGAAAUAGUGUUAGAUUUAGCUCUUACCUGCUCAAUUCAUUCGUAGGGGAGCUCAUGGAAGAAUGUGGGUUGUAGCGUGGCUUGGCCUCCAGGGUGACUAAAUUUGAACACUGUUACUGAACAUCUUCCUCUGUUAUACUUCUGUAUUGUUUUCUUUAUAACAUGUUUUCUGUGUGUGAUGUUGCAUUUAAAGCCCAUUUGUGUGCUAUGUAAUUGAAGAAUGCCUUGCAAUUAAUUUGGCCUUUGUGACAUCCUUUUAGUAUAAACUCUUUAGUUUCCUUUUUCUUGCUUGGAUCGGAAUCAUCGAAAAGGGCUCAGGAGCCAGCUGUCACUCUGUGUCUUCUGCUACUGAGUCACUGUGUUUCUGACAAGUCCCUCCCGAGUUUGGGCCCUCGUUUCCCUGUCUAGAGUGGGGUUGAGCAAUGUGAUUUCUAAGGUUCCUUCUGGCUCUGACAUUCUGUGUGCCUUUGUUCAACACCCUCUCUCAGUGAUGCCAGUGCCAGGAGGUACAGCCCUGGGGAUGUGUAACAGGGUUUUCCUCCAUAAAACUGGCAGAAUUGUUCUGGGUUCUUUCUUGAAAAUGUGGCCCCUCAUCAGUGCUCUGGCCAUUUUGCAUGCACUAGCUCACAGAGAAUGCGGCCUACACCCCAGCUAGUGAGCAUCAUCGUCAUCAUCUCUGUGCCCACUGGUGCUCGGCUUGGCUGGAGGAAGCUGAGGACAAGAGGAUGUUAGGCUGGAGCACGGGGAGGCCUGUGGAAGGCAGGUACGGGGGGUAGAGUCUGGCCCAGCUGAAAAUGGGCUUGGGGAGCCUGGCCAGUCCUUCAAGUCCAUCUGGGCAAACCUAGUCUUCAAAGGGCAGAGUUACAAGGACCUCAAACGCUACUUACCUCCUCCAGUACUAACAUUUGACACAUCUAAUGCCCAUUCAUUGUUGUGAAGUUCGAAUGAGGUAACUCAUGAGGAAGGGCCCGCAGAACUAAACACACUCUCAAACAGAAUUAUGAUCAUGUGCUGCCUGACUCCACACAAUUUUAGUGCUAGUUGCUGGGGGCAGAAAAGUGAAAAAAAGAUGCUCAGUUAAUUAGCAUACAAUGUGAUGCCACCUCUAACAACAGAUUUUGGAUGAUGUCUUAGUUCAAGCUGCUCUAACAAAAUACCAUAGAUUGGGUGACUCACACAGCAAACACUUAUUUCUCACAGUUCUGGAGGCUGGAAAGUCAAGAUCCAGGCACUGGCAGAUUUGACGUCUGGUGGUUCAGCCUUCUCACUGUGUCCUCACAUGGCAGAUGGGGUGAGACAGCUCUCUGGGGUCUUUUUUAUAAGGGCAUGAAUCCUGUUCAGGGGAGCUCCACCCUCAUGACCUAAUCAUCUCCCAAAGGUCCCGCCUACACAUAGCAUCAGAUAGGGAAUUCUGCCUCAACCUAGGAAUUUUGAGAGAACACAUUCAGUCCAUAGCAAUGGGCAAAGCUUGUGGGAGUGCAGAGGAGGGAGUUUUUAAACUUUCAACACUCUGCUCAUGGGGGUGGAAGCCUCCAUAGCAGCACUGACAGUUUAACCUGGUCUGGAAAGAUGGCAAAGACUGCACAGGCGGAGGGAAGGGGCAUCCUAGCCUGAGCGAGUGGUAGCGUGCUGGAGAGGCUUAUGGAAACCUCUGGUAAUCUGGCUUGGUGGCUGGGUGGGGUGGGUCGCACCAUGUGGGGGAAGCUGCAGAGGGAGCUGGUGAUCAAAUUAGGAAAGGUCUUGGAUAAUGUAUGAGGAGCCUGGACUUCACUGAAUUUUUCAAUUACCAGGUUUUAAAAAACUUUUUAUUUCAAUUUUGGCUGAAAGAAGAAGCGAUUGCUUUAAUUUUAUUUAAAACCUGCCUGUGGAUCUAUAAUAGGCAAAACUUAACUCAAAUAGAUUUAAUCAUAGUGUUGCUGCACUGUCCUGUUAAUUUUGCUACUCUCCUUCCUCUUAGAGCUUCCGUGUAGAAUACAUUUAUCUUCUUGCUCUAGUCUCGUCUUGGUUGAAAUACUGGAGUGAGAGAUAGAAAGUGGAAUCUGUAUUUUUUUUCUCUUUAUACAGAAUAAUGCUUAUUUUAGAAUGUGGAAAAUACAAAAAACCAUAAAGAUGAAAAAAGAAAUUUACCCUCCAGACAAGGUUGGUAGAAGAUGAGUGGUUGAGCUCCAGUAGAAUCAGUUUUGUUGAGAUCCUAAAUUUUUCACGUAUUACCUGUAAGACCUUGGCAAUUUACUAGCUCCAGGCCUCAGUUUCCUCAUCCAUAAAAUGGGAACGAUAAUCACAGUACCUACCUCCGGAAGUUCCUAUGGGGACAAAAUCAGUUUCUUCAUGCAAAGCACUUAGGAAAGUGCUGUGUACAUAGUAAAUAAUUAAUAUUUCUUAUGGGUUAUUGCAACACCCUCUGGGUGAGUUCAGCCCUGGAGUUGGAGCCACAGGAGGACAGCUUCCCCCGGGGAAGGGUCUUUCUGCCUCCAUGUUCCACAUCAGGAAAGUGGAGAAGCUUGUGGAGGCUAGUGCCGGUCAUGGACUGGUGUGUGUUCAGAGUUUUUCCCUAGAGGAUGCUGGCUCAUCCUCCCUUGCUCCUUCCUUUCUAGCAUUUCCACUCCCCUUGGGCUCUUGGGGCAGGCUGUGCCUUUAAGAAAGACAGCCACACAUGCUGCUCCUGACAGUGGCCCUGCCUCCCUUGCUGGAUGCCUUGCUGGGCUGUGGCUGGGACCCUCCUGGGCUAGAUUUUAGUACUGAAGCCUCCAGAGGAGGAGGCACUGCUUCAAAUCAAGCACACCCCACCCCAGGAAUCCAUGCCCACAGAAGGACUCCCUGUCUGCAGCUCCCUGCUGUGGACCUGGGCUCCCAGUGCCCAGCUCUGGGACAUCAGAAGAUAAUUCUUGAGGACUGAGCUCAGGAUCCCUAAAAAGGAAGUUGGAAAAUAGCUGGAUAAACUUGCCCUGCCCGAGGCUCACAGUACAAGUCAGUCAGAUUGUUCAGGGCAACAGUGGCGUCUGGAGACCUGGUUUGAGUUCCUAGGUUCACACCUAGCGUCCUUCUGAGCCUCAAGUUUCUUCGUCUGUAAAAAGGGAAGAUGAAAGUUUGAGAAAAACCUCGAACAUGAUCACAAUGAGGACCUAGGGCAUCUGCCUGCUGACACCCCCUGGCCUGCAGUGACCAUGGCCCCCCGGAAGAGGAGCCGCCAUGGCCUGGGCUUCCUGUGCUGCUUCGGGGGCAGUGACAUCCCCGAAAUCAACCUCCGGGACAACCACCCUCUGCAGUUCAUGGAGUUCUCCAGCCCCAUCCCAAACGCAGAGGAGCUCAACAUCCGCUUUGCAGAGCUGGUGGAUGAAUUGGAUCUCACUGACAAAAACCGGGAGGCUAUGUUUGCACUGCCCCCUGAGAAGAAAUGGCAGAUCUACUGCAGCAAGAAGAAGGAGCAGGAGGACCCCAACAAGCUGGCGACCAGCUGGCCUGACUAUUACAUUGACCGCAUCAACUCCAUGGCUGCGAUGCAGAGUCUGUAUGCGUUUGAUGAGGAGGAGACGGAGAUGAGGAACCAAGUCGUGGAAGACCUGAAGACGGCCCUCCGGACACAGCCUAUGAGAUUUGUGACCCGCUUCAUUGAGCUGGAGGGCUUGACCUGUCUGCUAAAUUUUCUCCGGAGCAUGGACCAUGCCACCUGUGAGAGCCGCAUCCACACCUCGCUCAUCGGCUGCAUCAAAGCAUUGAUGAACAACUCCCAGGGGCGGGCACAUGUGCUGGCACAGCCUGAGGCCAUUAGUACCAUAGCCCAGAGCCUGCGCACAGAGAACAGCAAGACCAAGGUGGCUGUGCUGGAGAUCCUGGGUGCUGUGUGCCUCGUGCCUGGUGGCCACAAGAAGGUGCUGCAGGCCAUGCUGCACUAUCAGGUGUACGCAGCGGAGCGAACCCGCUUCCAGACCCUGCUGAACGAGUUAGACCGAAGUCUGGGCCGGUACCGGGAUGAAGUGAAUCUGAAAACAGCCAUCAUGUCCUUCAUCAAUGCAGUCCUCAAUGCUGGAGCUGGAGAGGAUAAUCUGGAGUUCCGCCUACAUCUACGGUAUGAAUUCCUGAUGCUGGGGAUACAGCCUGUGAUUGACAAGCUCCGGCAACAUGAAAAUGCCAUCCUGGACAAACAUUUAGACUUCUUCGAGAUGGUGCGGAAUGAGGAUGACCUGGAGCUAGCCAGGAGGUUUGACAUGGUCCACAUUGACACCAAGAGUGCUUCCCAGAUGUUCGAGCUGAUCCACAGGAAGCUGAAGUACACAGAGGCCUACCCCUGCCUGCUCUCUGUGCUGCACCACUGCCUGCAGAUGCCUUACAAACGGAACGGUGGCUACUUCCAGCAGUGGCAGCUCCUGGACCGCAUCCUCCAGCAGAUUGUCCUCCAGGAUGAGCGGGGUGUGGACCCUGACCUGGCUCCUUUGGAGAACUUCAAUGUCAAGAACAUCGUCAACAUGCUCAUCAACGAGAACGAAGUGAAACAGUGGCGAGACCAGGCAGAGAAGUUCCGGAAAGAACAUACGGAGCUUGUGAGCCGUCUGGAGAGGAAGGAGCGGGAAUGCGAGACAAAGACGUUGGAGAAGGAAGAGAUGAUGCGGACGCUGAACAAAAUGAAGGACAAGCUGGCCCGGGAGUCCCAGGAGCUGCGCCAGGCUCGGGGACAAGUGGCAGAGCUGGUAGCCCAGCUCAGCGAACUCUCAACAGGCCCUGUAUCUUCCCCACCACCCCCAGGGGGCCCACUCACCUUGUCUUCCUCAAUGACAACCAAUGACCUGCCUCCACCCCCUCCUCCUCUGCCCUUCGCCUGUUGUCCCCCUCCACCACCACCACCCCUUCCUCCCGGGGGACCCCCGACUCCCCCAGGUGCCCCACCUUGCCUCGGCAUGGGCCUGCCCCUCCCUCAGGACCCCUACCCCAGCAGUGACGUCCCACUCAGGAAAAAGCGUGUCCCCCAGCCUUCCCACCCACUGAAGUCCUUCAACUGGGUGAAGCUGAAUGAGGAGCGUGUCCCUGGCACCGUAUGGAAUGAGAUUGAUGACAUGCAGGUAUUUCGGAUUCUGGACCUAGAGGAUUUUGAAAAGAUGUUUUCAGCCUAUCAGAGGCACCAGGAGCUGAUAACUAAUCCUUCUCAGCAGAAAGAGCUGGGCUCCACCGAGGACAUCUACCUGGCUUCCCGCAAGGUCAAAGAACUGUCGGUCAUUGACGGCCGGAGGGCCCAAAACUGCAUCAUCCUUCUUUCCAAGUUGAAGCUUUCUAACGAGGAGAUCCGGCAGGCCAUCUUGAAGAUGGAUGAGCAGGAGGACCUCGCUAAGGACAUGCUGGAGCAGCUCCUCAAGUUCAUCCCGGAGAAGAGCGACAUUGACCUCCUGGAGGAGCACAAGCAUGAGAUCGAGCGGAUGGCCCGCGCUGACCGCUUCCUCUAUGAAAUGAGCAGGAUUGACCACUACCAGCAGCGACUGCAAGCCCUCUUCUUCAAGAAGAAAUUCCAGGAGCGGCUGGCUGAGGCAAAGCCCAAAGUGGAAGCCAUCCUGUUGGCCUCCCGGGAGCUGGUCCGCAGCAAGCGUCUAAGGCAGAUGCUAGAGGUCAUCCUAGCCAUAGGCAACUUCAUGAACAAGGGGCAGCGUGGGGGCGCCUACGGGUUCCGGGUGGCCAGCCUCAACAAGAUUGCUGACACCAAGUCCAGCAUCGACAGAAACAUCUCUCUGCUCCAUUACCUGAUCAUGAUCCUGGAGAAGCAUUUUCCUGAUAUUCUGAACAUGCCUUCAGAGCUGCAGCAUCUUCCAGAAGCUGCCAAAGUCAACCUAGCAGAGCUGGAGAAGGAGGUGGGCAACCUCAGGAGGGGCCUGAGAGCAGUGGAGGUGGAGCUGGAGUAUCAGAGGCGCCAGGUGCGGGAGCCUAAUGACAAGUUUGUCCCCGUCAUGAGCGACUUCAUCACGGUGUCCAGCUUCAGCUUCUCAGAGCUGGAGGACCAGCUAAAUGAGGCCAGGGACAAGUUCGCCAAGGCCUUGAUGCACUUUGGGGAGCAUGACAGCAAGAUGCAGCCGGACGAAUUCUUUGGCAUCUUUGACACCUUCUUGCAGGCCUUCUCAGAGGCCCGGCAGGAUCUAGAGGCCAUGAGGAGGAGGAAGGAGGAGGAGGAGCGGCGGGCGCGCAUGGAAGCCAUGCUGAAGGAGCAGAGGGAGCGUGAGCGGUGGCAGCGGCAGCGGAAGGUCCUGGCUGCGGGCAGCUCGCUGGAGGAGGGAGGCGAGUUCGAUGACCUGGUGUCAGCUCUGCGCUCUGGGGAGGUCUUCGACAAGGACUUAUGCAAGCUCAAGCGCAGCCGCAAGCGAUCAGGGAGCCAGGCCCUGGAAGUCACCCGGGAGCGGGCAAUAAACCGGCUAAAUUAUUGACCUGGGGAACUGGCCACACAGGAGGCCGGGAGACAGGGAUGGGUGAGAAUGGGGCUGAGUGGAGUAGGUGGUGAUAUUUAAGCCAUUUGGUGCUUGGUUUAGAGCCCUGGGCUGGGUCCUGGGGUGGGGGGCUGUGUGUGGCUGGACCAGGUGUACUCCCCACGCUUACCUUAAGGGGCUCCUCUCAGCUCCUUCACAUGAUUCCUUCUGCGCCCUGGCCCUAGGGAUUAUUCUGAGGCUGACUUAGACAUCCCUGGAAGGCCUCGGGCCAGCUAACCCCAGGCUGAAGGGGCCCUGUUCCCCAUCCCCUACCAUGGGCACCCAUGUGCUAGCACAGAACAGUUCCAGAUCUAGACUGGAGAGGUCCACAGCCUUGUCCAGAUUUCCUGUGCAGCAUGAUGGAGGGAGCCCCUGAGAGGGAAUCUGGUGAGGGAAUCCAGACUCCUGUCUCUCAAAGGGAGGCUCAACAGAACAUUGACCUAGGGGCAAACUUUCCUCUUGAACGGAAACAGAGGAGGCAUUAUAUAUUCUAGUUAGAUCAGCUCUGGUAGGUUCCAGAAAACAGUCAAUGUUGGAAGGAUGAUGCAGGGACCAAAGACAUCAGGACAGAGUAACAAUGUCUGUUUCCCAGGUCCUCUGGCCUCUCCCUGUAUAUCUUAAGUCUCUCUCCCUUCCUUCUCUACCCUCACUGCCAUCCUGUCUACUAAUCCACAAUCCUAGAAGACUCACCUUGGGUUUCCACAGCUAUGGCUUACUACCAGGUGCUUGAUGAAUCUGGCGAGGGGCUCAAGAAAGACCUCAUUCAUCACCACACCUCAUGCCUUGGGCAUCUCCCAUGUCCCCACCUCCUGGACACCUGGCCAUUGUUGUGAAGCCAGACAGUGACCUCAAAUGUUGCCUUGGAGUCCCCUAUAGCCCCUCAGCAGAGGGCAGCACUUGAAUGCUUAGCUCCAUCCCACAGCUCUCUAUUUAAUAUAAAUUGCUCAGGCCUUCCCACCCCUUCUGUAACACCAGCCUCAAGGCAGAAGCCACAGCGGCCUCUGUUCAGCCUGCAGGUGGCCACUUGGAACCAUGUGUCCACUGGCGUUGGAGAGUUGCUUCCUGAGAAGUCUGUGGGCCAGAGCUGCCCUCCGCAUUAACAUGCUGUCUCUAAGGGUAUCCCCUCCUCUCAGGUGUUCGGAUGGGGCGAACAGCAGAGCAGGCAAGGGAACUGGGGGGUUGGGGAUGGAGGAGGAAGGCUGAGAGGGGGCCACCCCACCUCUGGUACCCAAUUUGGUUCUUCAGCCUGACCUGCAAAGGGCUCCUUCCGGUCCUCCCAUCCACUCCCACCUUCCAUUUUGUCCAUCUUGUGCUGGCCUUGGUGGAUGGGAUGGAUGGCUGUAUCUAGACAGUUUUUCUUCUAAAACUCCAUCAAGGCUCUUAUUUUCAAUACCACGCUCCGAGUUGGCCUUUCAUCCUCUGUGAGACUGGCCCUGCCUGACCUCUACCAUCGACCAGCUCUUGGCCCUUCUGCCCUUCCCUGUGUUUCUCACUUUCCAACCUAAUCCCUGGCUCCGGGUUAUUGCCAGUGGAGACUGGUGAGCUGGGCCCACUCUCAGCUGCCUAUCUUCUGCCUUUCACCUGCAUCAGACUCCUGGGGCUGGGACCGUAGUGUAGCUGUGGGAGAAGAAACACAGGGUUGGCGAGCCCAGCAUGUGCGUUGGUUUGAGGGGGCGGGUGGCGCGUGUGUUCUGGUGGGAGGGAUCUGAGCAAGUGCAAGCCUGGCUGACACAGGUGUGAAGAGGCCAUCCUGGAACCCAGGUGAGGGCAAGAUAAAGGCUUCCAGGCAGAACAGCUGCACAGAGUUUGGCUAUACCCAUCUGCACCCCCAAGAGCUCCCACUGCAAGACAGGUGUUGGGGAAGAUGGGAGGUUGUGGGUGAGGCCUCUAAAAGUCCUCUCCCAAACCGGCCAGGCUGAUGUCAACCUAACCCCCCAAAGGGGCAGGGAACAGGGGAUGGCUCCACAAGCAUGUCUGGCAUUCCCACCCACCAUGGAAGACUGGAUACACACCUGAGAAGACAGGGACUAUGGAAGCUGUUCAAGACACAUUUGAUCUUCAGAAAAGCAGAAUUUGGUUCAACUGUUGACAGAGGACACAAAUAUGUUGUUCCAGAGCCCAGCCUUCUCACUCUAAAAGAUAUUUUUCUAUUUAUUUUCUAGAUCUGGCCAGUGGCUCUAGUGCUAGAUGCCACUGUAGCCAGAUCUCCAGUGCCUUGGACCACAGACUCAUACUCAACUGAGUAAGAAGGGGCUGGUGCCCAAUGGGGAUUGCUGAGCUGGUCCUUAAUAUGUUAAAUGUUUUAGCCUCUUAAUGUUUCUUGGUCUUGCUUUUUUCAUGCCCUUCCUUACCGCUCCUGCCACCUUUAGAUAAGUUUCUCCAGCUAAUUUUGUGGCCAACGUAAAAUUCAUCGUCAACCUAACACAACCUUCUCAGCAGCAUUUCUCCCCUGUGAUGGAAAUCAAGUGUUUAGGGCAGUGGGAGAAGAAAAUUCUCCAGGUGAAUGGGGAAAGGUCUGGUCCAGCCUCUCCCUACUCCCAUCCCAUUUCCACCAACUGGGGAGCUGUGACCAUCUCCCCCGACCUCUACCAGGGAUGCCUUCAUGCCAAGGCUAUUCUCACCAGCUGCCUCAGAUGACAAAUGAGGCUAAUGGACAAAAUCUGCAGUGUCCUUUUUCACUUGCACCUUUUUUAUAAGAAUAUAUUGUAAUACUAAAAAAUAUUAAAUUCAUACCAUCCCUACCC